AUGGCGACUUAUGCGGGACUGCCGGAUGCCCGCUCUAUCGCUAUCCCCGGUUUAGGAUCAGACGGCGGCUUGCGCCAGCGCGCCCUCCACUCGCCUUGCCGCGCGCGGCCGCGCACCUCUGUGUCCCCCCGCCCACUGGCCGCCAAGCCCCGCCCGUCGCUAAAGCCCGCGGCGCAGUCAUCGUCAUCGAACGGAGGAAAUGAGGGGAACGGGGGGUGCGGCGGGAGGCGGGGAAGCGACGGCCUGCGGAAAGGCGCGAUGGGCCGGGCGUCUGGCGGGGCGUGCCGCGUGUGCGGCGCGCGCAGCUGCGUGUCGUGCGCAGGCCUCCCGCUGCCGUCCUCGCGCUUCUCCCAGGCACGCCAUGUGCCCAGAGGCGCUCGGAACGAAGGCUGGUGCGACCGAGAGCUGCAGGGGGAAGGGCAGGGGGACCAAGGGCAAGGGGGCGCGCAGGUGCAGGGGGAACAGGCGUGGCGGGGGGAGGGCGCGCAUAGGAAGGCGUCAGGAGCAGCGGAUUCAGGGUCCGGGUCGGAAAAAGAAACGGAACGAGGGGAACGGUCAAGGGAUGGGGACGAGAGUGAGGAGAACGCACACGUGGACAAUGCACUGCACGACCUGCCCGCCAGCUGGCACUGGCUGGCGGGGCGGUGGGCACGGCUGGGCGUGCAGCUGUCGCGGAUCCGCAGUCAAUGGGGCAGGCUGGUGUUUGGGCCGGCUGCAGAGGAGCGCAUCUGGAGCGUGCCAUGGCAGGGAGAUACCAUCUUCCAGGUUAUGUUCCUCUGGUUCCUGGCGUUCUGGCUCAUCGGCUCCUGGCUAGUGCCGCUGCUGGCACAGGCGCUGGGGCUGCGGCGGGCAGCCAUGUCGCUGCGAGCCCACGCGCUGUACAGCCUGCUCACGGACCUGGCCGAGAUGACCGUCGGCAUCGCCAUCCUCAACCGCUGCCUCACGCGCUUCCAGCCCCUGCCACCGCACUGGUUCCCCGUGCACCUGUCGGGGCGCUGGUACCUGCAGGCGCUGCUCGCCUGCUCCUUCUUCCCCUUCGUGCAGCUGCUCUCCAAGCUCAACCUGCAGCUGCUGCCGCUGCCUCUCAAGUUCCAGGCCACCACGCACUUGGAGCAGUCCAUUCAUUCGCAUGACCCCAUUGCCACGCUGCUCUAUGCCAUCGCUGUUGCUGUCUGCGCACCUGUGUGGGAAGAGGUUGUGUUUCGGGGGUUUCUCCUACCGUCCCUCACACGGUACUUCCCCCUCUGGGCCUCAGUGGUGGUCACCCUUCGCUUACUCCUCUGCGCCGCCCUCGUCUGCGCGCCUCUCCUCGCGCCCGCCAGCGCAGUGCCUGGCGGGGUGCGGUGGCGCGACGUGGAUGUGGGCGAGCUGGGCAUCAUGCCGUCCCCGCUCUUCUCCUUCGACCGCGCGCCCCCCGUGAUCGAAGGGGCAGCGCUCCCCCGCCUGGGGGAGAUUGGGGAAGGGGCGGCAGGGGAGGAUGGUGGGGGUGUAGCGGCGGUGAAUGCAUGGCUUGCGGAACAAGGGGCGCAGGGCAUUGGGGGACCGGACGCCGCCGUUGGUGUUGAACCUCCCAAGCCUGUCGCGUGUCCUCACUCCUCCCAAGACUCUCCUGUCUCCACCACAGGCGCAAUGCUCGCGGCCCAGCAGCCCAUAGCAGUGGCAGCAGCAGCGCUGGUGGUCCCCCCGGCGCUGCAGCAGACAGCGGACGGGCUAGCGGAGGGGGAGGCUCGGCAGCUGCCGUACAACGUGACGCGCAAGGAGAAGCCCUGGACCGCCGCCUCCGUGCUCGCCGCCUGGCUCCUGCGCGAGCGCGCCAAGGGCGCCAAGUCCAAGUGGGCGGCGUUCAUCGGCAGCUUGCCGCGGUAUGCACCGCUGCCGGCGCUGUUUGAGCGCGAGGUGGUGGAGCUCUUUGACUACCCGCCCAUGAUGCGCCGGCUGGCGCUGUACCGUGCAGCGUUUGAGGAGGAGUAUCUGCGCAGCAAGGCCAAGGCCAUAGCGCGCGCGUCCAAGUCGCACUUCUUCUGGGCGCUCUCCCUCGUGCUCUCGCGCGCGCUGCCCCUGCUGCCCUACACGCACAUGCCGCACGGCCUGCUGCCCUCGCAGCUGCCCGCCACUGCUGCCACGGCCUCGCCUGUGGGGAAGGUGGUGGCGGCAGUGUGGGCUAAGGAGAGGGGGGAGGAAAAGGAAGGCGCUACUGCUGCUGCCACUGCUGGCGCUGGCGCCGCUGGUGCUGGUGGUGCAGGUGGGGGCACGUCCGAAGCCGGUGCUGGCAGCGCUGGUUCCAGUGAGGGGUUCUGUUCCGCGUCUGCACGUGCAGGGGAGGGCGCUGCAUCCGCCCAGGGGUGCAGUGCGGUGCAGCAGCAGUGGGUGGGCACGAGUGCGGAGGAGCUAGCACGCAGCAUGCAGUGGGUGGAGCAGUGGAUGGGUGCGGGUGCGGGGCAGGGCAGGCGCAGCCGCUUCAGUGCCCCGCUGCUGCUGCUGCCGCUGCCGGGCGCCUUCAUCCACUCACACGACCCCAAUGUCGAGUUGCUCUGGCAGCACAACACAGCUUCGGACUCGCACACCCCCUCCGACUUCACCCCUGCCGUCACCAUGCGAGCGCUCUCCGCCAUCCCCAGCGGCACGGCGCUGUCGCUCAACCUGGGACCGCUCUCCAACGACGUGCUGUGGGCGCUGCACGGCCACCUGCCCGCCUCCAACCCUCACGACCGCGUGCCGCUCUUCCAUACGCCCGACUCCAUCCUCGCCUUCCUGCUCUCGCUGCACCCACUCAACACACCAGGGGGCAGCAGCAGCAGCAGCAGCAACAGUGCGCCGUCACAGUGGUAUGACCCUGGGCUGAGCAAGGAGCAGGAGGCGGCGGUGGCAGCGGCGGUGGAGGCAGCAGAGGACGCCGUGCACGCAGAGAUGAUGGCACGCAGUGGCAGCGGCAGUGCCAUGGCAGGCGCACAGCAGCAGUACCCACUGGCGCUGUCGCAGUGGGACGAGGUGGACGGGGGGGCGUACAACGCCGGUGCGGAUGGGCAGGUGGAGCCCCGCCUCGUCGCGGCUCUUGCUGCUGUGUGGUUCAAGUGGAAGCACUGGGAAGACCUGGACUGGCAGCAGCUGGCUCAGGUGGCCGUCUCCUUCUCCCGCGACCCCUUCCACCCACCCUGCCCCCCUCCAACCGCAUCCCUCUCUAUCCCUCCCCACCUGGUGGCACCCCUCUCCGCGGCCGCGUCUGCCAUAGCCGAGCGCGCCCAGCAGCUGCUGUCGGCCUUCUCGUCGUCAGCGCAGGCGGACCAGCUCCUGCUGCAGCAACUGGCUGGCUGCCGCCUGGGUGCACGAGGGGCACAGGGCGGACAGGGUGAUGCACGUGCAGCAGAGGGCAGCCGGGCGAGAGCAGACGGGGGGGAGGAGGAUGCAAAGGGCAGCACAGAGGCUGUGGGAGAUGAGGGGAAUGGAAAAGGGCAUGAGGGGGGUGCAACGAAGGCAGGGAGUGGUACGGAUGGUGCAGAGGGGUGCGAAGGGGUGGAGUUUGAUGCGAGUGUGUGUACGCCGCAGUUGAUGCGCACAUUAGGGCAGCGCGAGAUGGUGGUGCGGUUCCGGCUGGGGAAGAAGCUGCUGCUGCAGAGACUUACUGAGAGGCUCGAUGACGCCGUCAUGUUUGUUGGGCACAUGAGUAUUGUGAUAUAA